CCACUUUGUUAUUGACCUUAAGCAUGUGUUUAUGUUGAAUGUAUGUAAAGUUUUCAAAUUUCAUACCAGGAGUUAUGUCUCUCAGUAAAUUAUUUAUUCAUCCAAAUUUCUCAGUUAUUCAUAAUUUUCAUCAGGUGUAUGUGCGGAGUAAUAGCCAGCUUGUAAUAAAGUUGUCAAGUGCAGUUAAAGUUCCUAUACAUAGGUCAUCAAAAUAUUUAACUAGCCGGCAGUAUUCUACAGUUUUCCAUUCAAGAGGUUUAAAUAGUAUCGAUUGUGCUUUAAGACCUGUUUCAUCAUCGUUAAAUUUUGUUUCAUACCUGUCAACAAAUGGACAAGAUGAAAAACUUACAGUUGUCAUUACUAAUCCUUCUCAUGGACAUACCAUCAAGUCAGAUAUUCCAGCAAAUUCGAGCCCUUCAAUACUCGACGAAGUAAAAAGUUCAGGUUUAGAAUCAUCUGCAAACAUCUCUGAUCUAGGUGUGACAUUAACUGAUGAGCUUCAAGGUGUUGCAGAAGUGGUUGAACCAACUUUAGCCAGUUUAGGCCUUGCACAUUGGACACCAGUGGGUUUAAUUCAAAUGCUUUUAGAGUACUUACAUGUGGGGAUGCAUAUGCCAUGGUGGAUGGCAAUUGCACUGUCUACAGUUAUAGCUAGGAUACUGCUGCUUCCCAUAUUAAUUAAAACACAAAGAAAUGCAAUUAAUAUGAGCAAUUACCUGCCACAGCUUCAGUUUCUGCAAGCUAAAUUUGGAGAAGCGAGAAGAACAGGAAAUGCAGUGGAAGCUUCCAGAUAUGCUUCUGAGAUAAUGGUAUUUAUGAAAGAACAUAAUAUCAGUCCUAUAAAAAAUGCUCUCCUUCCCAUGUCACAGGCUCCUGUCUUUAUAUCAUUCUUUUUGGGUUUGAGAGCGAUGGCAAAAGUGCCUGUAGAAAGUAUGAAGUAUGGUGGCAUUGGCUGGGCUACUGAUUUGACAAUUCCAGAUCCAUAUUACAUUUUACCAGCCAUUGCAUGUGGUACUCUGUAUGUUGUACUGAAGAUUGGAGCAGAAUCUGGUAUCAAACUUGAAAAUAUGAAAAUGGCAGGGUAUUUUCUUCGAGCAUUGCCCAUUAUUGCUUUUCCUUUCUGCAUGAAUUUUCCAUCGGCUGUGCUAUAUUAUUGGUGUACAACUAAUUUCUGCACACUGGCAAUUGUAUCUGUCUUAAAGCUGCAGCCUGUUCGUCAAUAUUUUAAGUUGCCUACACAGCAGCCAAUUGAUCCAAAAUUCCAAUUACCCAAAAAGAGUUUUGUUGGUGGAAUAAAAGAAGCAUACGAAGAUCAAAAAAUAUUAGCUGCUGUAGAAGACAGGAGAAGAAUGGAUGAAAUUAGAUUUCAGAAGUAUGGUACAGGACCUAUACCUAGGACUUAUUCAUAUGAUCCCACUAAACCCAGACCUGCAAAUAUUGCUGCAAAACAGAAAGCAUUGUAAAUUUCAUGUAAAUAUAGUGUACAUUAAAAUCAGAGUUUGAUAUUAGAAAAUUUUUGUGAUUGUAUUUUAGAGUGUCUUUUUACCUUGUAAAAAAAUGCUUUUCCUUCCUUCAGUCCAACUUAAAAGUUGACAAUAAUAAAGAAAAUUUGUGUGCUAAA